AUAACCUUCACAAGGUCACGGAGAUCGAUAGAGUCGUCUGCUUACGUGCGCUUUUCAAUGCAGCUACGAAAAUUCCGGAACUUUUAUUAAUAUCAAGGAGAGGCGAGGACGAGGAAGAUAUUUCGGUUGUAUUGUAAUAACUAACCGGACAUACAUAUCGUAGGUGAGUGUGUGAUGUCUUUUAGAAUUUGCUUUAUUAAUAAGAUUUUAUCAUUACUAUUCUCAUUAAUUUCACGAGACUAUAAUUAAUUUGAUAUUUGAAGAAAGGUAAUUUAUCUUUCCAGCAAAAUCAAUACCCGGACAAAAUAUUUCAUUAUUCAAUGUUAAAUAAUCCCCCCCCCCCCCCCAAAUAAUGUUAAUAUAUAUUUCGUUAUUCGCUAAAGAACUAGAUCUAACUUAACUUAAAAUAUUUAAUAUUUACCAAUUUAUACGACACAUUCUUCUUUAUGUACGGAUUAUGUUCCGCGGUGUAUUGAAAAGAAAAAGAAAAGAAGAAACUGUUUACGAAUUUGUCUAACAAAUGAAUUUUUGAUAUUCUAUGCAAUUCACAUCAUUUGUUUCUAAAUCUGAAAAAUACUUCCACGUUGACGUGUAUCAAAUCCUUCAUUAUUUACAAUUAUUGCCUGUGUUUGCAAUAUAUAUAUAUUUUUUGUUUAUUUUGUAUGUUUUCCCCCCAGAUCAUUCUUGAAAUUUCAGUUACCUGUCACUUAUUAAAUGACGAAAGCGGGAUUAACACAAUCCCCUGGACUCGUUUUUCAAUCUUUUAUAUAUUGUUUGUAAACACAAAUAAUUAAUUAUUAAUGAAUUUUUAAAAAGUAGCGUGGAGACUGAAAUUUAAAUUCAAUGUGAAACAGCGCAAGAUCGUUAUUGGAAAGCUAUAAAAAUCUGCAUUGUAGGAAGGGGGUGCCGAUCCAGCCAACCGCAUUGCGUGUUCCGUUAAUCUCACGCUCUAUAACGUAAUCUAACCGUUGCGUUAACGUUGGUGUUACGUCAAACACGUUUUUUUUUUUUUUUUUUUUUUGCGUGGAACAUUGCAUUAUAAUAUUCUGCAUUGAAAUUUUUUUCAUAUUUAUGGAAGAUUGAUUUUGAUCAUAACGGACGGACGGACGGACGGAUUGCAUCAUCACAGUGUCCAUCCACCCAUGGCAAGAUGCCGGUGUCUUUCGUAAAGGAAAAGAAAAAUGCUGCUCAGCAAAAAAGUAUUCCAACAUCAUUUACGACAUCAUCUUGGCACUUUUCCUUUAGUGUUGGUUGUCGGGUUAGGAACUACCCUAGCAGUGUCAUACCCCCUGUAUUGCCUUUAUACCAGUCCCGAUAUCAGGCUUUGGAAGCGACAGAGAAGACCGCGGUACGAGGAUGUUGAUAUCACCAAAAGUAAAACUGUAUGGACGAUAACACCGUUACUGAAGAGAACGGGACCAGUCAGCGAGAUGGAGUCAUUAGCACACCAAGCCGUGGGUCGACAUGAAUAUCAGUAUGGAGAGGAACGAGAUCAGUAGAAGAAGGUGUAAACAGAGCAAACCUCAAACUUUAUUUUUGUUACUACGAUAUUUAAAAUUGACUUGGCGUGAACAUGUGUAUCUAUCAUUGAUUGUUUUAUGUGUGACAUAACUGUUUCAUAGAAGGUGCUAAAUAGUAAAUGCUUUAUGCAAAUAUAGUUGGUAGUGCGAAAAAAUUGAAAUGAAAAAAAAAAGGUAGCAGUGAGGAUGUAUAUGUAUAUUUUAUUUAGGAUUUUUAAAGAUAAUGGGCACAGAACAUGUAUUGUAAGAAAACAGAUGCAGAUUGAAACAUAUUCUCACUGAAACUACAGUAUGGAUGUAAAUUCGAAAUCUCAAUAUUGUUUGAUGCGCUGUUGUGAUUAUAUAUAAAAUCCGAUAAAUGUCUUUAUGUUCAUCAUUAAAAAAGAACCGCAUAAUUCUUAUCUAUAGAAAACUGCAUAAUAAGUCGAUAUAGAACUAGAUUAUCCCCUUAGCAGAUACCUGGUUUGUGUUUUAUCAGUCAUUCAUCAAACUUCUAUUAUCAUCUUAUUUUCGUAUUUCUUUUAUACGUUAUGUUCAAUUGAAAAAAAAAGAGUUAUGUUUCUACGUAAGCUUGACACUUAAAAGGAGCGGACAAUCGGCGACUCUUUCCAUUUACAGGAAACGCGUCAUCAUUAUAUUGUGUUUUGAUUUUUUCUGGUGCACCACACUAAUCUUGAGAAUUCAAUGUAUGUUGAAACAUUUUGUUGAAAGUAAAUUAAGAUUUCUU